CGUAAAUAAGUUGAUCAAGCUUCUGCUGCUUUCCUGAAAGGGGUUGUUGUUUUGUACACAGAAUGAUUUAGAGCUCGGUUAAGACAUUAAUGGAAACACUGACAUUUUGUAGAAACUACCGGAGAUAAACUCAGAUUAUCUGACACGGAAAUUCACGAAGGCCUGACUUUGAAACGAAUCUGAAAUUAAGCCUCGUGCGAACAACAAACCGAAGCGCUAACAGGAGUUAGCUCACACGAUCCUCCGUCACACCGUUUAGUCUCACUUUCUCUGCCAUUUCGUCUCAAGUCGGGUUUUAGGACUCGGUCAACAAGUUCAGUCGGUGGUUUCGCCAGGAGAGGAUGAACUGGCUUUUCCCCCUGUCCAAAGGCUCCGGACCGCUCCCACCUUUGAACAGCCUCCAGCAACAAAGACAGCGGCAGAUCGAGUCCCUGAAAGCCGCUCACCCCAGCCUUGCAGAGAUCCAGAAGGAUGUGGAGUACAGGAUACCAUUCACAGUCAACAAUUCCACCAUCAGUGUUAACAUUCUACUACCUCCUCAGUUCCCCCAGGAGAAGCCGGUGGUCAGUGUCUACCCCCCUGUUGGUCAUCAUCUAGUCGACAGCAAUAAUGGCACCAUAAUCACCAGCCCCCUCAUCGUUAAUUUUGGGAUGCACUCGGAUCUCGGUAAAGUUAUUCAGAGUUUGCUGGACGAGUUCUGGAAGAGUCCUCCUGCCUUGAUGUCGUCUGGUUCUGCUGGCUUUCCAUACAGUAUGUACAAGCCAUCAGGCAUGGCUCCUUACCCCACUCAGGCUUACCACUAUCCUCGCCACGUGGGCCCCACUCACACGCCGCCUGCUGGUCCAGCUCUGUCUCCAGCUGCCAUGCCUCACUCAGGGCAUGACGGCGCCCACGGCCACCCUCGAGCUCCAGCACCUUACGGCCUGAUUUCUGAUCUGCCUCUGCCUGUCCCUGCUGGAGACUCACAGGCUGGACUGAAUGGACACAUGUACAAGAUGCCUGAGAUCCCUGACUCUUUCCCUGAACUCAGUGACUUAAAUCUGACCCAGCUGUCGAGCAUGUCUGAAAACGAGGAUCUGUUACUGGAAUUCUUUGUGAGUUUGCCUCAGCUCAAACAGGUCGCCAGUGAUAAAGAAGAGCUGGUCAACAGCAUAGUGGACAUGGCUAAGAAAAACCUUCAGAUGGAGCCGCAGCUCGAAGGAAAAAGACAAGAAAUGCUCUACAAGUACGAACAGCUGACUCAGAUGAAGUCUGCCUUUGAGACCAGAAUGCAGAGACAGCAUGAGCUCAGUGAGAGCUGCAGCCUUAGCACCCUGCAGGCUCGGCUAAAAGUUGCGGCCCACCAGGCUGAGGAGGAGUCGGAGGUGACGGCAGAAAACUUCCUGGAGGGACGAACAGAUAUCGACGAAUUUCUGGCCAGCUUCAUGGAGAAGAGAACACUUUGCCACAGCAGAAGGGCCAAAGAGGAAAAGUUACAACAGUCCAUCAACACACAUGGACCGUUUCCUACCAGCCACUAGAACACAAGGUUUGUUUUUUUUCUCUCAGCCGACUGCUGCCAACUGAAAGGAUAAACGAAAGCACACUGAGUCAACAACGGGCACUUUGGAGAUAAGAGGAAGACUGUGACGGCGAUGAUGGAGAUCUGCACCAGGACUUUUGAAUAUGGAGUGUGUGAGAGCGAGAUUGAUAAGUUAUAGAAACACAGCGGGAGGCUCGUACCGGGGCGAAGGUGGGACACUCGUCCAGCUUUUCUAAACGCCGUUACUGUGGAGCCUUCACAUUUUGGAGAUUUUUUUGCACAUGCUGUUCGUCCACGCUUCACUUCACGGGGACAAACAAAAAUGUUUCUUUGAAGAAUUUAAAGCUGUUUUCACACAUGCACAACCUCCUCCCCCUGAAAAUAUCCCAAAGUUGUUAUUCAGCAUGCCCCUCGCAGCUUGAAGUACUUCCUGUAUGACUGGAGGGCGCAGUCUCACGAGGCAGAACACUAUGUAAAAAGAACGCUGCAGAUGUAAUAAUGGAUACAAGAUAUCCAAGAUAGCGAUCAAAGAAAGUCUGGCGCUCUUAUGACUUUAUAUUGAUGCUACGUGUAAUCGAUUGAUUUGUAGCAUCAACUAAAACGUGAGGAACGUUCAGCAGGAGUUGGAGGCGACUUCUUAUCGUGCAGGACAAUCGCAGAAUGAUAUAAACGUCAUCACCGCCUCGUCCUCGCCCGCAGGGAGAUUUCAUCCUUUAACCCGCUGCGUUCACACGUCAGCUCAUUCCGACUUCACUUAGAAAUAUAAGGAGGGGCCGGCAGAGGCUGGUUCUGAAAGUGUUGGGAAACUUGCAGGAGUUUUGUGCAUGUGUUAAAAACGUUUCAUGUUUCAUCGCUCAAUAAAGCCGCGGGUGUACACUGUAAGGUUUCAUAAAAGUCGAUGUGGAAUGUCGGCUCACGCUGUACGACUGAAUCAUUUACGACGCUCGGCUGAAGCUCACGAUUUAUGAGCUCACACUUUAAGACCUGAUGGUUGGCCACGACCUGAGCGCUCACACUGUACGAGUGAAAUCAGGACAUUAGUUCACAAUCGUAGAAAACUCCCACAGAUGGAGGUUGAAUCGCUUUCUCUCUCUCUCGCUCUCUCUCUCUCUCUCACACACACACUCAGCAUCACCAACAAACACAAGCUAACUAGCAGCUUAUUCACAACAAAUAUUGAUAUUCCCCGUCAGCUGAAGGUCUGCAGAUAUUUCCAGCCAACUGAAUUGAGGGGGAAAAUGGAUUACAAACAGUCAUGCCGGCUGUUGCCAUGGUGAUUUAGUACGCUGUCUGUCGUGUGUGAAGAAGACACAAGAAGCCCUGCAGUUGAGAAAUCAGCUUGUGGCUCUGCUCUCACUGUGCGAGAGCGUGCAGUCGGGAGCAGCCAAUCUCACUUAAAUUGGCCCCGUCUUAAAAAUGAAAUGAAACGAUGUACGCCCCGGAUUAAGAGCAACACCUGCACCAGUUCAGAAUCAGAACUGUUGUUGAUGUGAACACUUUUGGAGACGUGUGAGGUAGUCAACGUUUCUGACUUAAUGUUUGACGUUCUUAAGUUUGGUGUCUUUACUUUCAUCUCUGAGAUCGUUGUCGUGUCAUGCUAAACUCUCCGAGAAAGAUUUGAACCCCCUGGACAGAAAGUAGAACAACUUGUACGUUUACGUUUACAAUGAAGGACUGGUUCUAGAUAUGAACAUGAAAUCCGUCAGUGACACUUCAACCAGUCGAGAUUCUCUCCCUCACAAAAGAGGAUGGGAGACAUUUAGCUCGGGCAAAGUCCAAUUCUCUCUCUCUCUCUCUCUCUCUCUCUCUCUCUCUCUCUCUAUUGGACUGUGGUUUAUUUUGAUUAUGUUGGUGGGGGUCCCUCUUCAGUGAUGUCUGGAACGCCGCCUCGGUAUCAGCUGUACGUCAGAAUAGCAAUCAACAUAAUCCAAUUAACAAACGUGGUUGAUUGUUGUGUUCCUGAUUUGCUGUGAAAGGUUUGUGAGUGAUCUUUUUUCACAAACGACGACGAUCCCAGACAUUGACCCGUUUGACAAGCAGACCGGUCGGAUUAGAUCCAAUCCAGAGUACUGCAGAGCGACUUUUAACGGUUUGAUCAUGAUUUCAUUCAGCGCUCUCUACAUGAAUCAAGCGAUUUGUUUUCUCACGUAAACAUUCUGAGGAUGUCGAGCGCCGUCGUCGAGACUCUUUUCCCGGAGCCGUCUGAACUCUGAGUUCUUGAUUAUGAAGAGCGUCAGAAGAUUUUGUCGAAGGGAGAUUUGGCUGAAUGCUGCAGUAAAAGUGGAGGACAUUGGAUACUGUAUUUAAAUAAUGUUAAUAAUAACAGGCUGUAUUGUAAUCAAAGACUCGGCCACUUUGUAUUAUAUGUUAUUAUUUAAUUUGUUAGAAUAAAAAAGCAUUUAGAAGAA